GAGGGUUGGGGACGGGAGGAAGGGAUAUACCGAAAGGGACAGCUGUUUGCCACUUAAGGCCUUUACUCUGACAAAGCAGGCAUCCUAAAUCCCAGGUGCCAGACCAAUCUCCUAACACAGUCGCCGCCAUUGUCUCUUGUGCUCCUGUCAUCUGACUGUCCGUCCCCAUUUCUGUAGGGCAAGGCACCUCCUUGAGGCAAAGAAAUAAGAAAACUGCCACUAUUCCAAGCAAAACAGGUCCAACUUCAGUGGCAGAUCUGGUGGCCUUGGAGUGGCUGAAGACCACCACCCUCCACAGGGCUGCGCUCAUGCACAGAGCCAUCCUUCCUUUCUCUGAGUGCUGUCAUCCCUCAACUGGAAUCCUUGGCUCUUUUGAAGGCCUGCUUUAAAGCUGCUCGCUUCUGCAAGGAAGGGAAGGAGGAAGAGACUGGCUCAGAUCUCUGGAGGACUGCCUGCUCUCUGCUGUAGAGCUUAAUAUCACUGAAACAAAGCAAGGAAGGGGAAAUUGCACCAUAUCCUUGCAGAUCCACCUCCAGUGGCAGCUCUGGUGGUGUUGGAAUUGCUGCCCACCACUACCCUCAACAGGUCUGCACCCACCUGGGAACAUCCAUCAUCCUGCAGCUUGGUUGUGCCUCGUCUGCACGUUGUCUGUAAUAUUGACUGAGGCUUUGGAAGCAGAUAGAUUGAUUUCUGUACUGGUGACUGACUCUGACUCUUGUUUCCAACAAAUCAUCUGAAUCACUGAAAGAUCAGAGUGUGAAGAUACAAAGCGAGAGAGAUCUGUGGUAGAAGCUGAGACUGGGGUAGAGUACUUAACUAGGCCUCUUCUGUAACUUAUACCAUGACUGGGGCUGAGAUUGAACCUGCUGCCCAGGUGAAGCCUGAAAAGAAGGCUGGAGAAGAGGUUGGGGGUGGGGCUGAACGAGAGAAUGAAGUGCCAAUGGUGGUCAGACCCAAGGUUAGGACCAAGGCACAGGUAAUGCCUGGGGCAAGGCCUAAAACUGAAUCAAAGUCCAUGUCUGGGGCAAGGCCCAAAACUGAGUGCCAGGCAAUGGCUGGGGCAAGGCCCAAAACUGAGUCCCAGUCAGUGGUUGGGGCAAGGCCCAAAGCUGAAGCCAGGGCAGUAGGGGGAGCACGUCCUAAGACUGAGGCCAAGGCAAUCUCUGGGCCAAGGCCCAAAGAUGAAGCCCAAGCUUGGGCCCAGACUGAGUUUGGGGCUGAGGCAAUGUCGCAAACAGAGAACUUGGCCCAGACCAGUGCUGUACCCUGGCCACUCAUCGGUACUGAGUCUGGCUCAGUUGCUAAACCUAUAGCCCUAUCUGUGGAUAGGGAACUGGUCAAUGUGGACACUGAGACGUUUCCUAGCUCCCAGGUUCAGACAGGAAUCCAACCCUGGUUUGAGUCAGGAGAGGAAGCUAAUAUGGGGUCUUGGUGCUAUCCCAGGGCCCGGGCCAGAGAGGAGGCCUCUAACGAGUCUGGAUUUUGGUCAGCAGAUGAGACCUCUACAAUGUCCUCUUUCUGGGCUGGAGAAGAGGACAGUAUCAGAUCGUGGCCCAGGGAAGAGGCCAAUACCAGAUCCAGGCAUAGGGCUAAACAUCAGCCUAACCCCAGGUCCAGACCCAGAUCCAAGCAAGAUCCCUAUACUGAUUCUUGGUCUGGGUCUGAGGCGGAGCCUGGCAACCCAUUUUCCUUGUGGGCUGGAGAAAAUGCCAAUAACUUGUUCAGGCCCAGAGUCAGGGAUGAGACAAAUAUGAAGUCCAAGCUUAGGACAAAGAGAGAGGACUUUUUUGAGUCUGAGUCUGAAGAUGAGUACUGUAAGGAGUCCUGGUUUUUGCCUGGACAAGAGUCCAAUAGUAGAUUCCAGACCAGAGACAAAGAAGAGCCUAAUAGUGUUUUGAAGCCCAGGGGCCAGAAAGACAUUAAUAACAGUGGUAGGGUCAAACAAGAGCCCAGGUUUGAAGAGGAAGUCAUUAUUGGGUCCUGGUUCUGGGCAGAAAAGGAAGCCAGUAUGGAGGCUGGGGCUUCGGCCAUCUGUGAAUCCACACCAGGUUCUGAGGAGGGGGCCAUUGGUGGAUCCUUGUUCUGGACUGAGGAAAAGUCCAAUUUGCGGUCCAUGGCCAGAGAAGAGGCCAGGCCAGAGUCUGAAGAAGAGGCCAUAUUUGGGUCCUGGUUCUGGGAUAAGGAUGAGGCCUGCUUUGAUCUAAAUCCCAGUCCUGUGUACAAGGCUAGUUCCAGGUUCAGAAAUUCAUCUGUGGAGGAAAUUAAAGAAUCAUCCAGGCCCCAAACCUGGGAAGAGGUCAAUUUUGAAUUCAAACCUGGUCCUUGUCAAAGGAUUGGUUUUCCAUCCCCAAGCUCCUUUAGAAUUCCUGAAGAAGCAGCAUCUGUAUUCUCUGACAUGUUUGAGGAAAAGCCCAGGAAUUCGGGAUUUACCCCAGAAGGGGAAGAGCAGGAAUCUUUGCUUCAGUCUGAUCAGCCUGAACCUGAGUUCCCAUUUCAUUAUGAUACAUCCUACAGGUCAGUCAGGGAAAUUCGGGAGCAUCUGAAGGCCAGGGAGAGCGCAGAACCUGACAGUUGGUCCUGCAGCUGCAUACAAUGUGAGCUUAAAAUUGGUACUGGAGAAUUUGAAGAGCUCCUUUUAUUAAUGGACAAAAUCCGAGAUCCUUUUAUUCAUGAAAUAUCUAAAAUUGCAAUGGGUAUGAGAAGUGCUUCUCAAUUUACCCGAAAUUUCAUCCGGGAUUCAGGUGUUGUCUCGCUUAUUGAAACCUUGCUCAAUUAUCCCUCCUCCCGAGUUAGGACAAGUUUUUUGGAAAAUAUGAUUCACAUGGCUCCAUCUUACCCAGAUUUAAACAUGAUUGAGACAUUUGUAUGUCAAGUGUGUGAAGAAACCCUUGCUCAUAGUGUGGGUUCCCCUGAGCAGCUGCUUGGAUUAAGGAUGCUUAGACACCUCACUACAACUACUGACUAUCACACACUGGUUGCCAAUUAUAUGUCUGGGUUUCUGUCUUUAUUAACCACAGGCAAUACAAGAACAAAGUUUCACGUUCUGAAAAUGCUGUUGAAUUUGUCCGAAAAUCCUGUCGUGGCAAAAAAACUAUUCAGUGCCACAGCUCUGUCAAUAUUUGUGGGUCUCUUUAACAUAGAAGAGACAAAUGAUAAUCUUCAAAUUGUUAUUAAGAUGUUUAAGAAUAUCAGUAAUAUUAUCAAAAAUGGAACUAUGUCUUUAAUUGAUGAUGAUUUCAAUCUUGGGCCACUUACUUAUGCAUUUCAUGAAUUUGAGAAGUUAGCUAAGGAACUGCAAGUCCAAAUAGACAAUGAAAAUGAUCCUGAGGUGGGACAACAAAGCUAAUGAGAAUAACCACCUUCCUUUCAUCAGCCUUAUGUUCCCAAAGAGCCCUGAAUAGUGCUUUGGUUUUCACAGUCUGGUUUUAUGUUGUAACUUACAUUUUAAUGCUGAUGUUAACUUUGUCCAAUCUUUGGUUUAAGCUGGAUCAUUUUGGAUGCCAAAUGAAUAUUAGAGCUGAAAACAUAUUUGUUGAUAUUUGUCUUGCUAUCCAGAUUGCAGUAUUUUUUGGUAUUGAGCUUCCAGUGAACUAAGUCGCCUAUGUAAGCUACCCUGCUAUUUGUUGUUUAAACAUAUGGUUCUCUAUUCAAGUCUGUGUUUUCAAUAAAGGUCUAUGUGGAAAUUGGCAAAA